AUGAGUUUCUAUCAGCCAUCUCUAUCUCUAUAUGAUGUUUUGAAUGCAUUAUCAAAUCAAACACGUUUAAGAGAUCCCUAUGAAAAUGUCCGUGCAAGACGUCCUCACCACGUACACCGCUCACAUACUCCAGGACGGGUCCAUUAUCAUAACCCGUUUGGCGUUCCCGCUAGCUAUUUUUAUAGAAUGCCGGAACAAGGUUAUUACUAUAGCCCACAGUAUGAGUAUGACGAUGAGGAUGAAGAUGAAGAUCAAAGAAUGGGAGGCGCAGAAGAGACAACGUCUUCCACCUCUGAAAGACAAGAGCCAUCCUAUUAUCAUGGUAAUGGUGAAAGAGCUGAAAGAAAACAGGAAAGAGAUCCUUUAUCAGAGUUAUUGAAUGCUUUUGUUGGUAAACCACCAUUCACCGUUGGUGAAGAAGAAGAAGAAGAAGGAGAAGAAGAAGAGGAAAAAAAAGAAGACAAACAACUAGAGGAAGAAAAAUCAAAGGAAACACCAGGGGCUGAAAUACAGAAGGGGAUCAAAAAAUCUACGAAGAAAGAACCUACUCAUAACGUCACAACGACGAAAGAAGCAGAAGCUGUCACAGAUAUCAAACAACCAGUUGCUGAAUAUCCACCAAAAUUAAAAAGAAAGUCAUCCUCAUUUGCACAUUUAAAAGGCCCAUCUCCUGUUCCUGAUCCAUUGCAAGUUUCAAAACCGGAAACGAGGUUAGAUUUGCCAUUUUCUCCUGAAGUUAAUAUUUAUGACACUCCAGAUCGCUAUAGUGUCGCGCUCGCACUACCUGGGGCUAACUCAAAGGCUUUCAAGAUAGAUUAUCAUCCUUCUUCCCAUGAAUUGCUCGUGAAAGGUAACAUACUAGAUAGAAUUGGUAUCGACGAAAGCUAUUUGAAAAUAACAGAACUGAAAUAUGGGGCAUUCGAAAGAACAGUCAAGUUCCCAUCUCUACCUCGCAUUAAAGAUGACGAAAUCAAAGCAACAUACUCAAAUGGUCUAUUACAGAUACAAGUCCCAAAGGAAAGGGAAGAUCCGAGUAACAGGGCACCAAAGAAGAGAAUUGCCAUAGAAGACGUACCAGAUGAAGAGUUGGAAUUCGAACAGAAUCCCAAUCCUGUGCAAAAGAUCUAG